GCACCAUCUCAAAGGAACAUUUCAACAUGGCAUCCGGGGACAAUGUAGAGCCCUACAGUAAUCAAAUUUUCACGACGAAAGACCACAGAUCAUAGAGUAACCUCUAUGAUCUGUGCCAAAGACAUUGCUCGAUUUUCCUAACCUGUGAUUCUAACCAAACUUUCGGUUUGUUUUCGUUGCUUCAUGUCGCGUGUUCAGGAACAUUUUCGAUAAACUGUGCGGUUUUCAAUUGAAAAUGGACGCUUACGACAUAUUUAAAAAGUUAACGAAAGGCCUGAACAUCCGUAGAACGGAUUCCGCCGCGCGAAAAGUGGGAACAGCACAUUUUCAGGAAGCCGCCUCCGAUGUUAAGCUGGAAGUGAAGCAGGAGCCACUAAAGAAAGCCGACCGUCCGAAGGACGACCCGAUAACGCUGCUGAGCAGCCUCAGAAAGCAAGGCAGCGAGGAGCCGAGGGGCAAGAAGCGAAAGCUGCUGGAUGAGGAGCAGCUGCAGAAGAAGAAGCUGCUGUUGGAGCAAGAAGAGGUCAAUCACUAUAGAAAUAUUCACAACAUUACCGUGGUGGGUAGGAAAGUGCCAGCGCCAGCUAGAACCUUCUCUGACCUUAAAGUAAAGGAAAGCACCAUCGAAAACCUAAGAAAAUGCGGCUACGAGGAUCCGACCCCUAUUCAGAAACAAGCAAUGCCCAUAAUGCUACAAGGCAGGCAUCUGUUGGCUUGCGCCCCAACAGGCUCGGGAAAAACUGCAGCUUUCCUCGUGCCGAUUAUCGAGGCCCUGAAGGAGCCGCAAAAGCAAGGCUUCAGAGCUUUAAUUCUGUGCCCCACGCGCGAACUGGCCAGUCAAACGCAGAGGGAAUGCGUGCGAUUGUCAGAGGGCAUAGGCUUCAGAAUUCACAUUAUUGGCAAGGUUAACAAAGCUCUCACUCAGUAUGGGGCCAAAAGUAACAAGAAGUAUGAUAUUCUGAUCACCACUCCGAACCGGUUGUGUUUUUUGUUGAAGCAGGACCCUCCAGCCAUUCAAUUGUCCAACGUUCAAUGGCUGGUGAUUGAUGAGGCGGACAAACUGUUCGAAGAGGGAAGCAGGAGCUUCAGGGACCAGCUGGACCAAAUUCUCCAGGCAUGCAGCAGCAGCGACCGGAAAGUUGCUAUGUUUAGUGCAACCCACACUCCUGUAGUUGCUAAAUGGUGUGUCCAUAACAUGCCUGGACUGCUCCGAGUCACCGUUGGCCAGAGGAAUGCGGCCACUGACACGGUGGAUCAGAAGUUGCAAUUUGUUGGUUCUGAGCAAGGCAAACUCAUAGCAAUGCGUGACUUGAUCCGGCAAGGGAUCAGCCCGCCAGUGUUGAUCUUCGUGCAGAGCAAAGAACGCGCUCAGCAACUGUUCAACGAGUUGAUUUACGACGGGAUUAUGGUCGAUGCCAUUCAUGCUGACCGCACUCAAACACAGCGCGACAAUGUAGUGAAAUGCUUCCGUGAGGGCAAAAUCUGGGUGCUGAUCUGCACCGAACUGAUGGCUCGAGGGAUCGACUUCAAAGGCGUGAACUUGGUGGUCAACUACGACUUUCCUCCAUCGACCAUUUCCUAUGUCCAUCGGAUUGGACGCGCUGGACGUGCCGGCCGCACUGGCAAAGCGGUCACGUUUUUCACCCAGGACGACACUCCAUUGUUGAGAAGUGUGGCACAUGUGCUGAAAGAGUCUGGAUGCGACGUUCCCGAGUACCUGCUGGCGAUCAAGAAGAAGAACAAGAAGGCGAUCAAAGAGGUGGCAAGGAGGGCGCCAACGCGCGACGAGAUCACCACCGUGCCGAUUUACGAUCGGCUGAAGGGAGGCAAAAAGCAAAAGUUUCGGGAAAUUGCCAAAAGAAUGAAAGCCGCAAAGCAGUCGAAUCCCAAGAAGAUGGUCAAGAAGAGUUUGCAACAGCGCACUAAAACAAAGCAGGUUGGCGAAAAGAAAUUGAAAAGGGAGAAGAAGAAAAAACCUGCCUCCAAGCAGAAAACAAGAUAGAGUUAAUGUAGUUGUAAAAAUAUAAAACUUUAAAUCCA